AUGCCAGAGACGGAUGAUACACGAAAAGAUGAGGCUACAACCAAAGCUGAAAAUGAGGACAUACAUGAUGAGAAGAAAGAGAAAGAAGUUGAGCAUUCGAAUGAAGAUGGAAAAGACGAUAAAGAUGAGAAGGAAGGUAAAGAUAAGAAGACGACGAAGAAGAAAGACAACGAUGAAGAAGACAAGGACAAGGAUGAAAAAGAUGACAAGAAGAAGGAUAAAAAAGAGAAGGAUCCCAAUGAUAAAAAGGACGUAGAAAAACUCAAAGUUAAAGUGGAGAAAAUUGAUGCCAAGAUGCAGGAUUUGGAAGACAAGAAGGAGAUUAUUCUCAAGUUGUUUGAUGAAGCUGGGAAAAUUGCAGCCAAUGCAAGUGCUGCUCGUCUUCCAUUCGAUCCAUUAUCGAGCCACUCGACAAAGAAAAAGAAAAAAGCCAAGUGA